CACCGGCAAAAUUUUCUCCUAGUUCAAGCUUUCGAUCGUCUGGUUUUAAGCCGACGAUGAAGCAUCAAUUCCCGAUAUCACUUCUAGUAGUUUUGGAAGUAAUGAAUUCUAAUGCUAUCGCCAUCGUGUGCGGAAAUCUUCACUGAUGCUCCGAUAUAUGGUGCUUGAAAAUGACGGAAAUGGAAAUGAGGAAUUCAAAUCAUUUGGAAAUUCGAUUCAUGUUUCGCGUUCGCUGUUUCCUGGUAGUAGUUGGUGGAACUUAGAUGAGCGUAUGAAAGUAGAAAUUGAAGCUGCGAAGCCGCUUAUACUUUAUUUAGCUCUUCAUCAGGUAAAUUGAAAAGAAUUACAUCAUAGCCAGCCCAAAAAAACCCUCUCCAAUUGGUUGGUCCCAGGCUUGGAAGUUUUCUGAAUGGGAAGAUUGUUACUCGAUUGAACAAUGUGGGGUUGCAAGUAGAUCCGGGAAGAUUGAGCAUAGUUGGCAUUGGUUUCCAUUUAAAAAGGAGAAUAGUAGAACCCAUAAUUCUCUCAAAUACAGAACUCGCAAUGUGGGGGAGAUUGUGACAGUAGAAGGCCAGACGUACACUAUCUUAGCUGCAACUCUAGGGGAAGUAUGAACCAAGUGAAGAGAGCCUUGAUGUGUUGUUCACGGGAAGCUACAAAUAUAAACUUCCGUUGGCGCGUGUUGCAAGCACCACUGUCGCGUGGCUCAAGUUGUCCAAAGUACUCAUAAAGCCUCACCAAAUGGGAUUCAGAACCAGAAGAAAUCCGAUCCCUUCCGUUUCCCGCUCCCCGCUCCCCGCUCCACCCGCUCCCUCCUCUCCGCCAUCUCUUUCCCCAUUACCACUUUCUUCACUAUUCUCAUUCUCUGACCUCGUUUCGUCGAUCUCUCUAUGGCUUCCGAUAAUCUCGCCACCGUUUCCGGCGCCGACGACGAGAAGUUUGGAUUCCGACGAGAGGAGAUGUAUCAGAGCAGCCUCGCUGGCACCGUCAGCGCCUAUGAUCGUCACGUUUUUCUCUGCUACAAGACUCCGGAGGCCUGGCCAUCGCAUCUCGAAGCAUCUGAUUCCGACGCCCUCCCUAGGCUCCUCUCUGCCGCUCUCAAAGCUCGCAAGGAUGAUAUCUCCGUUAAGACGAAGCUGACAAUGUUCGCUGGACGCGAGGAAACUGGAUUUUCGGAUGGAGAUGUGUUGAUUUUUCCCGAAAUGGUCAAAUACAGGGGUUUAAAAGAGUCAGAUGUGGAUGGCUUCGUGGAUGAUGUGCUUGUGAAUGAUAAACAGUGGGCAUCCGGAGUGCCAAAGGCUUUCACUGGCUCUCACGUGUUUGUGUGUGUUCAUGCUAGUCGAGAUCGGAGAUGUGGUGUCUGUGGACCCGUUCUUGUUCAGAAGUUGGAUGAGGAGAUUGAGUUACGAGGACUUAAGGAACGGGUUUUUGUCAGUGCAUGUUCACACAUUGGAGGACACAAGUAUGCCGGAAACUUGAUCAUAUAUCAACCUGGUGUGGAUGGGAAGACAACUGGUCACUGGUACGGAUAUGUAACUCCUGAAGAUGUCUCUGAAUUGUUUGAACUACAUAUUGCAAAGGGCGAGGUCGUGGAAAGGCUUUUGAGAGGGCAAAUGGGCACAAAUCCCGAGGAAGGCAAAAAGGAAGAUGAACUAAAGAUUCCAAAUGGAGAUGAUACAAAGAAAAGCAAGGUUGAAAUUGAAGAAAACAGCGGUCAAAACAAAGUGGAAACAAUAGCAGGUUGUUGCCAGGGCAGUAAUGGAUUCACUUGUUGCAGAGAUGAAAGUUCAGGGAAAAGUAGUAGAAUCGAAAACCAGUCGAAAGAAGCUUCAGAAGAGCAGGUACCAAAGAAAGCUAAUAAAUUUUCUUGCUGGACAGGACAAUGGGAACAAAGUGAAAUUCUGGCUGCUGCUGCGACAAUUGGAGCAGUGGCCACUGUCGCUGUAGCCUACAGCAUCUACAGGAGAUCAGGAUAAAAUAUAAAUGGUAUGUCUAUGUUUGUUUGCUCAUAAAAGUGUCUGUGCCCUGUUUUCUGGUAGGAUAUUUGGUUAUAUUAGUAAAGAUAGAGCAAUUUGCUGAAUUAGAUUUAUAGAAUAAUGUAAUGAUACCAACAGGACUCUUAGAGCAAAGACUAGAAAAAAUCUUCUUCUACCUCUAUUUACUUUAUCUACGGAUACAAAUUAUUUGUUUCUUUCAAUACGCAUACAAAUGAUGAAUAUCAUGUUUUAGGAUGAAGAGGGAUUAUUUUCUGCUUGUUGCUUAUUCAAUGUUAAAUGAUUUUUUUAGU